GGUCACCGAAAAUUAUAGAGUUAACAAACACUAUAUAACACACUGAAACCGUCGAGCCAAAACCUAACCAAAGUUCCAAAGACGAAAAUUGCAACCCUUGCCCAUCACCAAGAAAAAAAAAAUGGCACAGCCUCUUGGACUUGAAAUCACAGAGCUAAGGUUGGGUCCCCCGGGCAGCGAAAAGGGACCAAAAAAUGAAAAGAAAAGGGUUUUCUCAGAGUUGUCCGGCGAAGCAAACAGCACAACCGAUGGGCGAAAAACCCAAACAACGAGUCAAGUUGUGGGGUGGCCUCCAGUAUGUUCCUAUCGAAAGAAGAAUAGUUUCAACGAGAAAGAUAGCCAUGAAACUUCAAAAAUUUACGUGAAAGUUAGUAUGGACGGAGCUCCUUUUCUCAGAAAAGUUGAUUUGGGCAUGCACAAGGAGUAUUCGGAUCUUGUCGUCGCGUUGGAGAAGUUGUUUGGCUGUUUUGGAAUCGGCAAAGCCUUGAAGGAUACAGACGACUGCGAAUACGUUCCUAUAUAUGAAGACAAGGAUGGAGACUGGAUGCUAGUGGGAGACGUGCCAUGGGAGAUGUUUAUUGAGUCUUGCAAGAGGCUAAGGAUAAUGAAGAGGUCAGAAGCCAAGGGUUUUGGACUGCAGUCAAGAGGUGCUCUUCAGGGAAGUAUUUCAAGAGAUGAUCGUGACUGAGAAAACAAACAAAAUAUUGAAUUCGGAAGAAUUUGACUGGACUUCUUCGUAAAGAAAAUUAUUUCUGUUUAAUUAGUGAUGGUCGAUUAAGAUCAAAUCAUGGUUCAUCAUCCAGCUAUAACUGUGAGACCUAUUUUUAUGUUUGAAUCCAGAGAUAAAGAACUCUAGAUAGAAAAGACAACCUGCUUGUUUAUGAUCAUAAAUUCAUGCUAGCUGUUAUAUUUGCUGCUGACAUUUUUUCUUAAAUCA